AUGGGCCGGAUCUGGCCCCAUGCAUCCAGCCUGAAGCCUCCCCACUCCGUCCCCGGAUGCGCACAGGCCAGAUAUGGGAGCAACAAGAAUUUGGCAACACAGGUUGAGAGGAUCAUAGGGGGCCAGGACUGCCAAAAGCAUGGUCAGCCCUACCAAGUCAUCCUCUCUAACAGCCAGAAAAAUGGGCCAGAUGUUCAGUGUGGAGCGGUUCUGAUAGAGAAGGACUGGGUGCUUACAGCUGCCCACUGUGAUACCCAAGGAGACAUCCACACACGGAUGGGAGAUCACAGUCUGAGGGCCAAUGAGGGGUCGGAGCAGUGCAUCAUGUCGGCACAGAAAUUCCCUCACCCGGGCUAUAACCCCACUACUCACGACAACGACAUCAUGCUGAUACGGCUGCGCAACCCCGCAAACUUCAACGAAUACGUCCGGCCCAUCACACUGGCUACUGAAUGUGCUGCCCCCAACACUCGCUGCCUGGUGUCUGGCUGGGGCACUGUCAAGACCCCAACAUCAGAGUUUCCCGACAUCCUGCAAUGUGCAGAGGUCUAUACAAUAUCAAACGAAGAGUGCCGGCGGGCCUAUCGUAAUAUGAUCACUGAGAACAUGCUGUGUGCCGGGGUCCCGGAAGGAAAUGUGGAUUCCUGCCAGGGUGACUCUGGUGGACCUUUGGUGUGUAACGAUAAACUCCAAGGCGUCGUCUCCUGGGGGAUGCAGAUCUGCGGGCAGAAAGGGCAGCCUGGAGUGUAUACCAAUAUUUGCAGAUACACGGACUGGAUUCGGGACACGAUACAGAGGAACUCGUUUAACCGUGCUGCUGGCACGUGCUACACAGCUCCUGACAGGCUCUCCUCAGUUUCAUAUGUUGACAUGACACCCGUGGAGGAGGUGGUGGUGGUGCUGCUGCUCUUGAUUUCUGCAGCAGCUGCACAGCCCAAGCCAAGGAUCGUCGGCGGGAACACCUGCGUCGAACACUCCCAGCCUUGGCAUGUGGGCCUUUAUGAUAUGAACCGGUUCUUUUGUAGCGGGACUCUGCUGAACAGGCAGUGGGUGCUGACCGCGGCACACUGCAAAAUGCCAGGCAUCACCUACAUACGGCUGGGAUUAAGCAACAUGACCGUCUCAGACCGUUCUGAACAGCAGAAAAGAGCAAUGAAGUUGGUGGUGCACCCAAACUAUGACCCUGCCAGCAAGAACAAUGACAUAAUGAUGAUCAAGCUCUCCUCAUUGGUGGACAUCAACGACAGAGUCCAGCCCAUGAGUGUGGCUGAUCAAUGUGUUGCUCCUGGGACACGGUGUCUCGUGACAGGCUGGGGCACAGUCACCAGCCCUAAACCAACCAUUCCCGAAGCACUGCAGUGCGCUUACCUACACGUUGUCUCUCAGGGGGAGUGUGAGAGCGUCUACCCUGAUGCCAUUACGAACAACAUGCUGUGUGCGGGUGAGAAGGAAGGAAAUGUCGACUCUUGUCAGGGCGAUUCCGGGGCACCCCUCAUCUGUGAUGAAGAGAUUCAGGGCAUCGUGUCUUGGGGCCCAGAAGUUUGUGGCCAGCCCGGGAAGCCCGGUAUCUACACCAAGGUCUGCAACUAUGUGGGCUGGAUUCAGCGGACAAUAAGGCGCAUGUGA